AGAAAGCCUCAGAAGCGCCACGAGACCGCGUGUUUCAGGAAGUCGGGACACGGCAGUUUGAGAUGCUGGCGGUGCAGUGUUUGAAACAGCCUUGAGCGGGAUUUUAUGAGGCAGGAGGCGCUGACAUGCGUGUCUACAUUAUUGUCGCUGCUGUGUUUUGGUGUGGUUAUGUGGACUCGCGGAAAGUAAGAGGAAUAUCCUCGUCCUAUAAAAGGUUCUACAGGGAGAGGAAGUCGUUUCUGUGCAUAGAUGGGUCGAGAAUGAUCCCAUUUGAGCAGGUGAACGACGACUACUGCGACUGUGAAGAUGGCUCAGAUGAACCAGGCACGUCAGCCUGUCCUCAUGGCCGAUUCUACUGCACCAAUCUGGGUUUUCGCCCGCACUACAUCCCAUCAUCCAGAGUCAAUGAUGGCAUCUGUGAUUGCUGCGAUGCUUCCGAUGAAUACAACAGCCACACUCGCUGCCAGAACACUUGCUGGAAUCUAGGACAGAGAGAGAGGGCGUACGUGGAGGGCCAGAUGAGGACCUUGGAUGAAGGUUUGCGACUCAAGCAGCAGCUGAUUGAGGAGGGAGUGCUGCUCUGGAGGGAGAAACAGGCCCAGCUCAGAGAGCUCCAGCAGGUGGCAGAAGACCUGCAGGUCAAGUUGGAGGAACACAGGAGGAAAAAACACGAAGCCGACCGACUCAAAGAGCAAACAUUAAAGGCACUGGAAGCAGGGAACGGUGGUCUCAUCAGACAUCAGAACAGCUCCGUUACCAGCAUUUUCCAUUUAUUGGACACCAAUAAAGAUGGCAGUUUGACAGUGGAUGAAAUCAAGGCUAAAGUGGUGCUUGUCCACGAUGAGCAGCGUGUUCUCUCUGAGGGUGAAGCACUGGCUUUGUUGGACAGAGGUCACAGGAUGGAUCUCUCCAAGUUUCAGAGCACACUCUGGGACGUCCUGACGAGAGGCGACACUGUCAAAAUCAAAGACACGCAGGGUGCUCCAGGCAGUCUUUCCAGUGAAGAUCCUCACUUAAAGGCAGCUGACAGAGCUGCAGAGUGGGAGGCGACCAAUCUGAAGAAAGUGGAAGAAGCUUACGAGACAGUCAACAUGGAAAUAAGUGACUUACAGAAGAAGUUGGCCAUAGACUACGGAACAGACUGGGAAUUUCUGUUUUUGAACGGCCAGUGUUACAAGCUGAAAGUAUAUGAGUAUACUUAUACCCUGUGCCCAUUCAAUCAAGUUACACAAAAGAGCACGGCAGGAGUAGAGGUCUCAUUAGGGAUGUGGGGGAUGUGGACAGGAAAGCCAAAGAACCACUACAGUCAGAUGGUCUAUGAGAAUGGAGAGCCCUGCUGGCAAGGAGGUUCACGCAGUACUACAGUCACACUGACAUGCGGAACGGAGACAGCCUUGCGAUCAGUGAAAGAGCCCAGCAAAUGCCAGUACAUCAUGGACUUUCAGACUCCUGUGGCCUGUCAGCCGGUGCUAAAGCAGCAGGGUAUACACAGUGAACUGUGACCCAUUCCCUUACUGGCCUGGCCCAGAAUAACUUGGACCCCUUCCUCUCUUCUGCUGGCCCGCGGUGACAGGCUGGGGUCCUGAGGGUCCCCUCUGACAUCUGUGUUGUCAGAACAUAUAUACUUCCAAGGCAGUCUGGCUAAGGUCAGAGUCUGGUUUUCAGUAGCCACUUUAGUUUCCAUUGAUUGUUACAGUGCUGCUUUCUUGCUGUUACACUUUAAUAUCUAAAUAGAGCAUUUACUGAAUGAUUUAGUUAACGCAACAUGUUCAACAUUACUGUGUAUUCCCUGUAAGUGUUUGCACUCAAUGCUCAGCAAUAAGCAAUAUUACUGUGUAAAUAAUGGGAGAAAGUGAAACCCAAUCUAUUGUAGGGUCUAAACACAUUUCUGCUAAUGUAAUUGCCGUUUUAAAUAACUGCUCAGUAAUAUGCACAAAUAAAAGGACUGUGUCCUUGCUCUUCAUUAUAAUGACUGCCUU